UCCGCUGCAUCUGAAUCUGCUCCCACAAUUCAACAGGCAACAAAGGAAGAAAGGAAGAGGCCGUGAGCUACAAAGUGUUAGCCAACCUACACAGAGAGAUGUCACCUUAUUGUGUCAUUCCGGUCGGAAAUAUAAACCCGCACGUUUAGGGAACAACCAAACUUAGCCACAUAAACGCGUUGUAGUUUCGUUUGGGAGCGGAGGCUGACUGGAGGGAAGGUAACGGUGGUGUUUUCGGCAGCAAACGUUAACAAAGCUAGCUGUUUGACUUAGGGAGCAAGCUAACAUUAGCUAAGCUAACAUUAGCCAACAGUCGUGAAGGAGCAGCGUGUUGGACAAGACAACACCUUUGGGUUAUUUUACAAAAUAGGACACGCAGAAGUGACCGGCAUCAAAUGAAAGGUGGUGGAAGUGGAACUUGACCCAUCCAACUGAGUCACCAUUUUCCUGCACAUAAUGGGUUUGAUGGCUCCACUGUAUGCAUGACUUGUUUCGUGCAGCCUGAUGGGAGGACACUGUGGAUAGUACUUUCAUCAGGAUACCAGGAGAGCCAACCCAUGCCCCCACUUUGGAGGGCCUGUCAGAAUGAAGAAGAUAAGCCUUAAGACCAUCCGCAAGUCCCUCAGCAUAAAGGGCAAAGAGGAGGGUGACUUUGUCAUGCUCCAGCAGCCCUCGGUGACUACAGAGUUUUCCAAGGAAGAGUCACUUUUUGGGGGCUGCUACACCAAAGAGCUUUCUGGCUGUGACCUUGGUGGUGAAGAGGACAAAGGAGGCCAGAAUAAGGGCCGCUCAAAGAGUGAGAGCCUGAUGGGAUCGCUAAAGAGGAGACUGUCUGCCAAGCAGAAGGCGAAAGUGAAAGGCAGCUCCUCCGCCAUAGGCUCAGUGGAUGAUGACGACACCUUCUCAUCCUCUUCUGUGCCCAUCAGCUUCAAUGAGGUGAAAGCCCAGAGACCCCUUAGAUCUGCGUCUCUGCGGAGCCACCAUUAUAGCCCCUCGCCAUGGCCUCUGCGGUCAGUAAACUCCGAUGAGGCGUGUAUCAAGAUGGAGGUAAAAGUAAAGGCCAUGGUUCACUCUCCCAGCCCAAGUCCCAACUUAAACGGUGUCCGUAAAGAAUUUCAUGAUUUUCAAAUGGAAGGGCUCUUUCAGGACCAAGCAGAAUCCUUAAAGAAUCUCCAGCAGCCACAAAACGGGGAGCUGCAUCUAAAUAUUGAUGACAAUGACGUGCCUGUGGUGCUGGGGUUGACUCCCCAGGACUACAUCCAGUACACAAUGCCUUUAGAUGAGGGAAUGUAUCCAGAAGGGUCCCACUCAUUCUGCCUGGACAGCUCCUCUCCUAUGGAGGUGGUGACUGAGGCAGACAGUCGGUCCCUCCACACAGACCAGGGUCAGGAGGAACAUGAACUGGUUAGUGGGAUGCCUCCGGAUCUCUUUAUGGAAACCUCAGUUAAUAGUCUUCUCAUCGGUUCCGCUGGUGUGAUGCUCCAAAGCUCUAGAGUAGAGGUUCAGCCUCCCCUCUCUCCACUCCUGCCGCCCAUGAUAAGUAACGGACAUAUUCCAAGGACUUUUUCAGGGUUCAGCUCGUCAGACAGCCAGGUAGCCGAGAGGGUAAGACACCACCUCAACUUUGACCCGAAUUCAGCUCCGGGGGUCAGUCGGGUGUAUGACUCAGUCCAGAGCAGUGGGCCCAUGGUCGUCACCAGUCUGACAGAGGAGCUGAAGAAGCUGGCGAGGCAGGGCUGGUACUGGGGCCCCAUCACACGCUGGGAGGCAGAGGAAAAGCUGGUCAACUUGGCUGACGGUUCAUUCCUGGUCAGAGACAGCUCGGACGACAGGUACCUGCUCAGCCUGAGUUUCAGGUCACAGGGCAAAACCCUCCACACCCGCAUCGAGCACUCCAAUGGACGCUUCAGCUUCUAUGAGCAGCCCGAUGUGGAGGGACACACGUCCAUCGUCGACUUAAUCGAACACUCUAUCAAAGACUCAGAGAACGGAGCUUUUUGCUAUUCCAGGUCUCGCUUACCAGGGUCUGCAACCUACCCUGUCAGACUAACCAACCCAGUAUCUCGGUUUAUGCAAGUGCGCUCCCUGCAGUAUCUUUGUCGCUUUGUCAUUAGACAAUACACGAGGAUAGACCUUAUCCAGAAACUGCCCUUACCUAACAAGAUGAAAGAUUAUCUGCAGGAGAAGCACUACUGAGGACACAGAGAUAGGACAGUGGUAGCAAUUUGCACUUUUGUGUUCAGUUAAGAGAUUUAAACAAGGUUUACAGACAACCACAGUUUUGAGAUGAUUGCUUCUGGUGGCUCUUGAUUUGUGUCCAGGUGACUUCGUCACCGUUCAGUCCUCCAUUCCACUGUUCUGGGUUUUUCUGCUCGUUUUAGGAGGCUCUUCUUCCAGAAACAUAGUCCAGCACAUAAUCUAUUGCAAAAAUGUAGAAGAGGUAUACAGCCAGGUUGUCUUAUUUGCAUGCAUUAAGUGCAGACGUUAGACGUGCAUUGGGAUGUACUGUAUGGUUAAGUGUAACAUCCAGCUGUUCAAGUAGGUCAGAUUCUUAAAACUUUGCCGUGUGUGUUGAAGUUGGGCCUGUAGGAAUGAAGAAAUUCCACUUUGAAUUUGAAAAGAAAAAAAAAAAAAAGAAUUAUCCACUAAAUUGUACAUUUUGAAGAUGUAAAAGUAUUGCUACAAUGAAGUUCUUAAAUCACAUGUUAACCUGUCUGCAGACUGAGCAGUUUUGAUCAUCUUUUGCAUUUUAGUACUCGUCAGAUAGUGCAUUGUUAAAAUAUUUUCAGUAUGACCAAACUGAGAGGUAGAAUAUUCUGCAUCCAUACUAUAGACCAAUUUGGAGUGGACGUCAGUUACGUCACAGCUGUUGCGUGAGCAUCGUGGUGGCAGAAAAGCAGUUGAAACCAGAGAGAAACAGUUUAAACACUCAGAAUAAGAAUGUCUUGUGCCGUUGGAUGUCAGAAGAGCAAUACAAAAAAAAGAACCUUAAUUUUUAUAGAAAACUGUCGCCAGGGACGCCGUUUGAUGCUAAAUGGCUAAGACCUUUUAUAAUUGCUAGAAUUUGAUGUUAACAAAAAAUGAACAUAAUAUUCACAUAUGCAAUUCAUAGAGUCCUGCAGUUACAGCACGGAAUUAUAUUUAGGCUUAUAUUUACGUGCAUCUAGUGGCGACAGUAUUUACAUCUUUCUAAAUUGCAUUAAACAAUGAACAGAAGUUAAUACUAACUGAGCCGUGAAUUGCAGCUUGCUGUCAGUAUAUAGUUGUUUGAUUUGUUUGCUAGGCAGCACGCCUGUCCGUAUUAAACAAAAAUCAUGUGACAAUUCUAUUUAACAUCUUGGACGUGACCGCAGAGUACAAAACUAUAUGCAUUGAGAGAUGAGUUAUGGGUUUUUCCACAAGAUACAUGAAGAUGUCCGACCACUGUAACUUUGUCCGUUGAGUUGGACCUUUGACCCAGUGACCUGACAGUCAGGAAACUUUACUCCAUUGCUCAGGGCUAGUUUGUUGGUGCAAGACCACAGAAACAUACAUUAUGAUCUCUGUAUAGUAGAAAGUAAAGUUUUAUUUCCAGUUACUUACAAUCUCAAUAUUUAGGCUGCUGGAUGCUAAGUAGAGGAGUGUGCGUUUGGCUUAUAUGAACUGAAUUACUGAUGUGGUGAAAGGUAAUUAAUAAUCGUAAGGAAUUGUAAAAACUCACAUUUGUUAAGCAUGGAUUUGUCUUAUUGUCCUUGGCUAAUACUUGUGGAAAUGUUUCCAUAGAAUAUGAUUUAAUGUGGAAGUAACUUCAGACAACGUUUCAACUAGUAAGCUAAUGCUGUCUGAUUUUCCUGAGGAAUAUAGCAACUUUAAUCACUCCUCAUUUUUGGAAAGGAUCCCACAAGAAAAUGUGGUCUUUGUGUUGAUUAUCAAAUGGACAAUGGAUUAUAGAGCUUUGUUUCUAGCUGUCAGCAAUAAGCCAUACAUACAUCUGUUAAUCAUGGACAGUAAGUCAAAUCCAUGAUUGACAAACAUGAGUUUUUACAAGUCCUUAUGAUGAUGAAUUGUCUUUGACCACGUAAAUAAUUCAGUUCAUGUAAGCCUAACACACUCCUGUACUGAGCAUCCAGCAGUGAUAACAGCCUAAAUAUUGAGAUUCUAAUUAACUGGAGACAAAACUUUAUUUUUCUGCUACACAUAGAUCAUAAACCCAUGGACAUAAAAACGGCCCAUUGCAAUCAAUUGAGAAAUAUAAAUGUUACAGUCCUUGACGCGUUUUAUUUGGCGCGAUCACUGACACCACUACUGUCCCUUUCUGCCACCACGUCGUCUCUGCCCACAAAAUGCAUCAUUGCUGUUUACGAACGCUAAAAGGGUCUGUGCAAAUAGUCAAGCAUCAAGGCUUCAUCGUAUAGCAAGUGAUGACCUAUGAUUUCAUGUUAACCAGAUUUUUGCUAAUUUACAAACUAAACAACUCACCCAGUGGAUGCAGUUUUCUUCCUCAGGUAUCAUCAUCAUAUCACGUGACAGCUGACACACUACAGAUGCAUUUGUGCUUCACUACGCUUUGACUAGUGCAGGUUUCAUCAUUUAUGGAUAUGGUUGCGCGUCAGUCAAACAAAAGCUCUAACACUAAUAACCACAGCAUCGCAUCACUAACAGAUCUUAUAAAAUCAGCCAGAGUCACAAAAGUUAACCCGGUCCACUGCAUAAACAACAUUUAAUUGCAAAAGAUGUCCAAAAUGUGCCAGUCUGUGAGAAGCUCUAAACCGUUUGGUCACUGAGAGAAGUAACUUUAAAUAGUGUGGCUGCAUGUAGCCAUUAUAUAAUGUGCGAGCCUGAAGGUACUGACUAUGCUGGAUUUUAAACAUGCUGUUUGUAGAAACAGCAUCGAGUCGAUGUAUAAACCUUUUCGAAGUAUGUAAGCAUUAAAUUGAAAUCUUUGUGCAUUAGGAAUGUUACAAAAACUGCACCGCAUCUCAGCCCUAACAACUGUGUCACUAUCUGUAACGCUUGUAUCUGCAUGUAGUAAAGGCUUUACGGCGGUCAAUUAAGGGCACUGUAGAGUUACACUAAAUGAGAGAGGAUGUCACGGUGUGAUGGCGAAAGAGCUUGGCUGUGUUGUGUAAGCGCAAUGCUCUGAGUAAAAGGCUGUUUAAUGCACAAUUGCAUUCACCUGAGGCUGUUUAUAAGUAGAGCAAAUUGCCCUCAGUUAACCCACAACUGAUAAACACACCUCCUAGUCAAUUGACCUGAAUCUGUACGUAGCGAUGGCUGGUUCUUAGUCUCUUAAUGCCGGCAACGAGCUGGACCCAGAUCAAAAGAAUCCCAGAAAUGGUGCGAGCUUAGGUUGAGGGAUUUGGGAAAGCCAGGGUUAAGUCCUCCUCGCCAUCUUGGAGCGAUGCCAGGGUUUCAGCGUACGACAAAAGUUCCAUCACAGCUGCAUGGCAUCAUUAGUGUCAUUUGGGUUUCAAGGACAUUUAAAAAAAAAAAAAAAAAAAGAAGCAUAGAGAUUUCGCCAUUGCUUAUUCACAUUGUCCCCACGGAGCUGCACUACCCCACAGAUUGUCUCUACUUGGCUGUUUGAGCCAGAGUAAAGGGAAGAGCACACAGUAUGCUACGCAAGUGCUUUAUAUGGAUACUUUGACAGGGAAUUGUGUUUUCACAUUAUGAAUGAGCAUCUUUUUUGACAUCCGUGUCCUUAAAAGUAUUUGGAAAAUGGUCCCUCGGACAACUUCGGUAGGUCGUUAGCGCAUAGUUCUAGUUUUAGUUAGCCGGGAAAUGUCAGUGUCUGAGGAAGUUAACCAUGAAAUCUAGCACAGCGGAAAUUAGAUAGGAACUCUGAAUGGUGUUGCAUGUUUAAAGACUUAGCAUUUUAAAGCUUUGAGUUGUAUAGGAAUGAAGGAUCUAGGCUGUGUGUGUUUGGCUGUGUAGAGGGAUGUUUUUCUGUCACAAACAUUGGCUGGACAUUCUGUGUACAAGAAAAUGUAUUUUUUCUUUUUUUUCGAAUCCUCGUGUGAGUUUGUUUUGUGACAUUUGCCAUCUGGGGGACGGGGCUGUACAAAAAGGAAUGUACGCUUGUUUGAGGUAUCCGUGUUAUCUGCCUGCAGACCAGUUUCAGAAAGCAUGAGAAUCAUAAAGAAAAAGAAACGACAUUGUCACAUUUUUUGCACUUGAAUAUUCUCCAUUGACAUGCUUGGAUCCUCUCCUGCCUGGAGUUUCCCUUCAGAUGGCGUUUGUUUUUUGUUUUUGUUUUUAAAGUCACACAUUUGUCUUUACGUGUUCAUAUAACUGUUUAGUUUGAAACGAGAUUUUGUUUUUUGUCAUACGUGUGGGAUACAAAGGGUAAGGCACCAGCAUCAUAUCAAAGCCUGCUAAUGCUCAUGGGCUGUCAAGAAAAAUGGGAUCAUGGCAAGAACGUGGAUGUAAAUUUGACUUUUUUUUUCCGUGUGUGUGUGUGUAUGUGUUUCAGUUGAAAUGUGAAAGUAAAAUGUUAGUCUUUUAAAAACUGUUAUUUUAAUGGUAUUUCCAUUUUAAUUUUGUCAUCAGAUUUCGACGAGCAGGAACCGGGUUCACACGGUUUCGCUGCUGUGACUUUUUAAAAUACGUAUUUAGUUUAUUAUUAAGCAUUAUUGCCUUCAAUGUUUGAUUCCAGAGGUUGAUGCUUGUUCGGACUGCUGAAGCAUUAUGAUUAAUAACAGCUGUUUAGCACUUAACAAGCUCCCGACGAUUUUUUUGUGCAUCUCCGUGAGUGAAGGUGAUUGUUUACAACACUAUGUCUCAGAAUGCCCCUCCCCUCCCUUUUUUUUUUUUUUUAAUUUUUUGUUUUGUUCACCCUCUCUCACAUGAACAUCUUGGUACAAUUUUAAAAACUCAUUUAUUUCAUUUUAAUGUGUUAUACACAUUUGUGCUGCUUAUGGAUAUGAUUGCCUUUCUUGUAUUUAACAACGGGGGAAAUAGAAUGUCACCAAUGUAGAUGUAUGUACACAUAAUGACUUUGGUUAUCAUCUUGGGAGAGCAAAGCAGAUUUGCAAUUUGUUAACAACCGUAGUCAGUUAAAAGAGCAUUAGUAGCGAUUAGUAAACCCUCUGUAGAGUUACCAGUUCACUCCAGUUUACAUUGGUUGUCAACUUUCCAAAGUAGAUGGUCUUUUUGUAUUUUUCUUUUGGAAAAAAAAUCAACAGUGAUUUAUUGCACACUUUGGAUACAGUUCAAGAGUUUUUUGUAUCUGCCAAUUAUAAAUUAUAAAUAAAACUAUAUUCUAAAAAA